CAAAUCACUGAGGCACCCAGUCUACCCUGUUCAGUCUCUCUCUUCUCCAUCCACCAGCGCCAGCUUUCUGCUUGCUUUGCUCAUCCAGUUUGGGCCGCAGUAGUCCCUAAAUGCACAACUUGCUCUGCAUGUCCAAGCACCCGCCAAACAUCUAAUUCCUUUCCCUCCUUGCUGGCCUUGUGUGUGUUUGCGCACCUUCCAUUUCUUUUGUGCGCGCAAGUCACAAUGGGAAAUUGUAGGGGGAGCAGCCUGGAGCGAAAUGAAAUUAAGCCCAGACACCGAAGAACCCCUGGGCCUGCUGCAUCAUUUACAUGUAGUUCAGGCACCAGGCCUGGGGUGUUUUUUUGCAUUGAAGUCUCGCACUGGGGAAACGUCAGGCUUGAUGGGUGUGCUCUCCUUCCCCCUAAUCCCCCCCCUUUCUCUUUCUCUGCCUCCUCAGAAUAAAGAUGACGGCGUACCGGAGCUCAAGCAUUUCCGAGGCGACGGUGAAGAGAAAGAUACGGGAAAGCAUAAGGAGCUCAAGUUGCGGAAUUAUGCUCCGGAAGACGAAGAGCUCAAGGGGCGGGUGGUGCCCAAAGCGAAGCCUGCCUCAGUGGAAGACAAGGUGAAAGAGCAGCUAGAGGCAGCGAAGCCUGAGCCCAUCAUUGAAGAAGUGGACUUGGCAAAUCUUGCCCCCAGGAAACCCGACUGGGACUUGAAGCGAGACGUGGCUAAGAAACUGGAGAAGCUGGAGAAGCGAACGCAGAGGGCGAUUGCCGAGCUAAUAAGAGAGAGGCUAAGAGGCCAGGAGGAAGAUCUGGCGUCGGCGGUUGACUCAGCAAAGCAGGAGGGGAGCGAUUCGGACUGAGGCGGCCUGUCGGACUGACUCAGAGAAACAGGUGGCCCUUGCGCGAAGCUUCUCUUAACUCUCUGCUGGACGAGGGGACCAAACAUGUUGGACACAAAUCCACAAAAUGCAAGGAGCAGGCCUGGUGUUUACGUCUCCUCCAGGCAGGCUUUUGCUUGGGGGUGUUGCUGGCGAGCAAACGAGUGGGGCAGAGGACGUGCAGGGGAGAACUGGGAGGGUGGACAAAAGAUAUGAGCCUGCAGAACUGGGAAUCGCUUACAGAACUGUGUCCCUAUGCAUCCGUGCAGUACAGCAAAGGACAGACCUAUAUGAAGAGGACCCAAGGAAAACGUCACACAUCCCAAAAAAAAACACACCAUCAUAAUAUGAACUGCUGCAUUUUAAAUGAAAUAGGGAAUUCUCCCUCAUGGAUUUUCACAAUACAAAAGCACACGGGUGUUUAGAGAGUCCUUGGUCUCUUGCAUGCCAAUUCCAGUAUGCUCGGCAGACUUCCUCGAAGUGCCCCUAGAAAGUCAUGUUGGGGAAGAAGCUGACUUGAAUGUGGCUUAUCCACAUAUCAAAGGGAGUUGGUCUCAGGGCAAGGACCCUGGAUCCUGCCAACAGGAUCCUGGCAACUGCUGAGGGGCCUGUAGUUAGAUCUAGCACAGAUUUUCCAUGUGCACCUGUGUUUCAGUGGAUGCUUCAAAAUCCCCCAGCCCAGCAGCUAUCAAGUGUGGCGCCGCAGGAGACACUCAGAAAUGCAGCAGAAAGCCCUUUGUAAAGUUUGCAUAGGAAGCACAUUUGCCAAUAACCUCGACUUCUCUCAAAGGCAGUUCCCUACCAGUAAUGCCACUCCUCAACUGGGCGGAAGAAAGAUGAGACCCUCGUGCUCUUGGCUGACACAGGACCCCCCCCCCUUCCUCCAGUCCUGUGCGUGCCGCAGCCUAAGCAAAGGCCCUUGCAGUUUGUGGCACAAGAUUUCGGCUUGGCAAAAGAGCAAGAUUGCUUUGAAAAUCCGGCCCAGGAGUCUGCCCUUGCGAGAGUUAUUGGCUGUGAUCGGGGAGUGGGUCGGCUUUUUUCAAGGGAGGCCAGCCCCUAAGGCACUGGGCUGCCUCUCGUGGCCAAGACCCACAGUUCUGUAAGUCGUUGUUGUUGCUGUUGGAAAAGCCCUGUCCUUUUGUACCCCAGAUCUCUAACCCCUAUAGAUAAGUUGUUCUUCCUGCUAUCGGCUUGCAAAACAUCACCUGAGUGGCAGUCCCGCUUUAUGCAAAGCCACUGACCAGUUCUGAGCACAUCCUACGUGGGGCAAGUCAGCGGGUGUCUCCUGGAACAGUUUUGCAGCAACGCCACUUCUUUGUGGGUUGCUAAAAUAACAACCUCUCUUGCAUUGCAGCCUGGGAUGUUAAUAUUUCAUUUCGACAUGUUUUCAGAUCUGCCCACCAGCUCCCAACUUUAUAAAAUCUCGAUCCUCGUGUUCUUUAAUCGAUUCACCUUCAGUCAUGUAGAGGUUUUUUUUUUUAAAAAAAAUUAAAAUGUUCUAAAGAUAAUGUGCAGUGUCUUGUACUUUAUUUCACGUUCCUGGGUGACUAAAUAAAAAACCCAACUGGGAGAUGCACCAUCUGAGACAGCGUCUCGUGUAUGGAAGUUUUCUGGACAGAAGAAUAGCUCUGGGAAGCUGAAUUAGGCCUGCCAGUCCAUUGAGCCACGUGACAUCAGGCAGACAUUCUCUGUGGCAGGUGAAGGUGUGGCUGAGCCAAGACUCCAUCUGCCUCUCAGGUCAAGUCGUUUUAUUAAGUAAGGUCAGUGACCAGUAUCAAGACAAAAACAAUUACAAAAUUUAAAAGCCCAGGACAAGAUAAAACGAUAUAGCAUUGCAGAGACAUUUAAAAAACAGUUCUAGGGGGUCAUUUAGCUGCCCAGAAACCCUUCUGACCUAGAAGUAUCCUAUCGGUCAAUAUAUAUUCUACUAAUCCUGGGAGCUAAUCGUUGCAUGUCGUCUUUUGAUUGCUGCUGCACAAAAUUUGGCCACCUUGUACAAUGGAACCUUGGUUCCUGAACUUAAUCCGUUCUGGGAGUCUGUUUGAUUCCCGAAACAGUUUGGAAGCCAAGGCGUGGCUUCCGAUUGGCUGCAGCAGCUUCCUGAAGCCAAUCGGAAGCCGUGCUGGGUGUUCAGCUUCCAAAUAACGUUCGAAAACCAGAACGAUUACUUCCGGUUUUUGUUCGUUCAGGGGCCAGAACGUUCCGCUCCCAAGGUGUUCGGGAGCCGAGGUUCCACUGUAUAUUAUAACAGGAUUUCUGUUGAGCAGCAAAAUAGCAAGAAACCAAUUGCAGCAUCCAGUAUAUUUCUGGAGUAUUGACACUGAAGCACUGAAGAAGAACUUGUUCUACAGCUUUAUUGUUUCGCCAGAGUCACAGGGACAGCAUCUCUCCAAAUAUUUUUCCCAGCCUAACCUACUUCGCAGGGCUAUUGGGAGGGAAAAGUUGGCAGAGGGAAAGCCAUGGGGGAAAGUUGGGGUGUAACCGCGACUAAACUGAACAAAGGCUCUAGCGAAACAGACAGGUUGCAAAAUGGGCUGGAGCAGGAAGUGGCUGGUGCAGCUGGUGAGGCAACCUGGUUGGGGAAACUCCGAUUUCAACAGGUUGCAUGCAAAAGCAGUUUCCUGCUCUUCUCUACAAAGAAGGAGUUUCCUGCGGGAAAUCCGGAGCAGUUCCUUGAAAAGCGCUCAGGACCUGCCUUGUUCUUCUCAGAAGACAGACGCUCAGCCAGCAAAGUACAGAUCCCGGGAAUGAUGAGAGGUCCGUGGUUGCUCUUCCUGUUGGUUGGCGUCACCCUGGUGGUGGCUGCCAUCUCUGAGGCUGAAGUCCUGGCCGUGGAGGGAGGACCGACUUCAGAAGAUGCACCCGAGAAGGAAGGAGCCCACCCUGAGCAGGGAGCACGGGUCGCUAAAGCCUGGUGGAAAAAGUGGAUACAGGAAAGUAGGAAGGAAGUGGCCCCAACCCCAAGACCUGGAGUGUACGGCCCACUCCGCGAUACAACAAGACCCACACAUCGCAAUAGAACAGCAAUACCUGGGAACUGAAGUCAGUCGGUCUUCACCUUCCCCACCUUCUCCCACUGACUCUUUCCCAUGGACCCUUAGCUCUGUAGCACCCUAAGUUUUUUCAUGGCCACACCGCAUGCCUGCAUUUGUGUAACUUGCUCCUGAAAAUUAAGGCUCUUGACUCUGGCUACGUUCCCGCUCCCCCCGUGUCGGAGGCAGACUGCCCCUGAAUGUCAGUUUCUGGAAAUCGCAAACGGGGAAAGUUGCUGUCGCGCUCAGAUCCUGCUUGAGCUUCCCAGAAUGAGCAUCAGAGUGAGGAAAGGAUGCUGGACCAGACAGGACUUUUUAGAUGCUCAUGUCCAUUUCCUGAGCCACCUCCAGAGAAGGGCAGCGAAGGCAUAUUCUCUCUUUCUAGAAUAUCUCAGUCAAUGAUAGCCAUCUUCGGGAGAUUGCGGACUCUCCAUCCUUGGAGGUUUGUAAGCAGAGGUUGGAUGCCUGUCUGUCAUAGAUGCUUUUGCUGAGAUUCCUGCAUCGAAGGGGGUUGGACUAGAUGACCCUCGGGGUCCCCUUCCAACUAUAUGAUUCUGUGUUUCAUUUUCUUGUUAUAUGGAGCUUUAAUGUUAUAGCAAUAAACACUAUUGACCUCUGAA